CGUCCCCCCCCCUUCUUGGCUGGAGUUUGCCUCCCGCGUCCAGUCUGUGGCUGCCGCUUCUGGAGACUUUGCUCCAUCCAGCUCCCCUUUGGAUUAUCCGAUUCUUUGACCCAUAAAGUAGAUUUUUAGACCCGGUUUCCCAGUGGACACAUGGCGGAGGCUGUUCGACCCGAGGACUAUUGCGACGAGGCGCUGGAGGACGAAUUUGGGGAAAUCAUCAAGUGUCGAUCUGAUGAACGGGAAGAUGUGCAGAAGAAGACGUUCACAAAAUGGGUCAACUCACAGUUAUCUAAGGCAGGGAAACCACCUGUGGAGGAUCUCUUCUCGGACCUGUGCGACGGCCGACGCUUGUUAGAGCUGCUGCAGGGUCUCGUUGGAAAUGAGCAGGUGAGGUUGGAAAAGGGCACCACACGCGUCCACUCGCUCAACAAUGUCAACCGAGCUCUGCAGAUCUUGCAGAAGAAUAAUGUUGAGUUGGUGAACAUUGGUGCGACGGAUAUCGUCGAUGGCAAUCACAAGCUCAUUCUUGGCCUCAUCUGGAGCAUCAUUCUCCACUGGCAGGUAAAGGAUGUCAUGAAGGAGGUGAUGGCGGACCUACAGCAGACCAACAGUGAGAAGAUUCUACUGAGCUGGGUUCGGCAGAACACAAGCCAGUACCCACAGGUCAACGUGGUCAACUUCUCCAGUAGCUGGAAUGACGGACUGGCGUUCAAUGCCCUCAUCCACAGCCACAGACCAGAGCUGUUUGAUUGGAGCUCCGUGGAGGCCAAGGAGUCGGCGAUUGACAGACUGGAACAUGCUUUUAGUAAGGCGGAGCAACAUCUGGGCAUCGACAGACUGCUGGACCCGGAAGAUGUGGCGCUGCCUCGUCCCGACAAGAAGAGCGUCAUCAUGUACGUGACGUCGCUCUUCCAGGUGCUUCCGCAGAGCGUUACCAUGGAAGCCAUCCAGGAAGUGGAGACGCUACCGCGGCCCGCUAGCGCCGCCGGCACUUCCCACGUCCUGACUGGGGAUCAUUACCAGAUCCAGACCCAACAGCGCUUCUCCCAACAGAUCACAGUGAGCGUGGCUCAGGGCCGAGUGCAGAGCCCCCCCGCUCAGCCUCGCUAUAAAAGCUACGCCUACACGCAGGCGGCCUAUGUCAAGUCUCCCGAGCAAAAGAGGAGGCGCUUUACUGAUCAGUUUCUGAGCCCCAGCCAAGAAGAGCUGCAGCGAGGCCUCAGUCCUCUACCUCCCGGCUCUGCCAGUCUGGAGUCUUACCAAGCGGCUCUGGAGGAGGUUCUGACCUGGCUGCUCUCGGCUGAAGACGGACUCCAGUCCCAGCCCUCCAUCUCAAACCAUGUGGAGGAGGUCAAGGAGCAGUUCCACACUCAUGAGGGCUACAUGGUGGAACUCACGGCGCACCAGGGCAGCGUGGGGCGAGUCCUCCGAGCCGGCGCAGCUUUACUGGCUGAGGGCAACCUGAGUGAGGAGGAGGACACCGAAGUCAGGGAACAGAUGACCCUGCUGAACUCUCGAUGGGAGCACCUCCGGGUGGCCAGCAUGGAGAGGCAAAGCAGACUCCACCAGGUCCUCAUGGACCUACAGCACAAGCAGCUGCAGCAGCUCACAGACUGGCUGGACGCAACGGAGGCGCGGGUGAACAAGAUGGAGGCUCAGCCGCUUGGUCCUGACUUGGAGAACGUCAAGCGUCAAGUGGAAGAGCACAAGCUUUUGCAGGAGGACCUGGAGCAGGAGCAGGUACGGGUCAACUCGCUAACCCACAUGGUGGUUGUGGUGGACGAGACCAGCGGGGACAGUGCCACUGCUGCCUUGGAGAGCAAACUUCAGGUGCUCGGUGACCGCUGGGCAGCCAUCUGUCGAUGGACAGAAGAACGCUGGAUUCUGCUACAAGAGAUUCUCUUGAAAUGGCAACACUUCACAAAUGAGCAAUCUUUAGUCGACUCGUGGCUGACUCAGAAGGAGGAAUUGGUUCGUUCGAUCAAGACCCCCAGUGAAAAGGACCACGCCGCCACAAUGGCUUGCCUGCGCCAUCUUGCCAUUGUCAAGACAGAGCUGGAUGUGAAGCGCCCCACCAUGGACAAAUUGUGCGCCAUGAGUCAGGAUCUGCUCUGUAGCGUCAAGAACAAGGAGGUGGCCAGCAAACUGGAGGCCAGGCUGGAUACUUUGACUCAACGUUGGGAUCGACUGGUGCAAAGUCUGGAUCUCAUCAGCGGCCAGCUCUCACCGGUCGUCACCGCGGCAUCCCCCGAGCCCGAAAUGACCCGCUCAGGCACGGCGAGUGUUACCAAGGUGACGAGGGAGAGCGUAGCGGCACUACGCCAAGCCCGAGAGUCCCCGCCCCAGAAGAAGAGGCAGGUGGUCGUCGAUUCGGAACUCCGGAAAAGUUGCAUGCACCCAUUUCUGCUCACAUACCUUAGCAGAUUUGAUGUGGACUUCACAGAGCUUCACAGCUACAUGACUCGAGGCGAGGCCAUCCUGCACAGCCCGGAGUUCUCUGUGUCCCGCAAAGAAGGCAGCAUUCAGGACCUGUAUGACAAAGUGCAGCUUAUAGAACGCGAACGACCAGAAAAGUACCGGAAGCUUCAAGAAGCCACGCGCACAGCACAGAUCCUUGUUGAGCAGGAGGGGACUCGGGCUGAUGACAUCGCCCAGGCUGCCGAGCAGCUGAACCAGCGCUGGGUCGGCUUUUGUGCUCUGUUGGCUGACAGGCUGGUAUGGCUGGCCUACCAGACAAAGGUGCUGGCAUUCUACAGCUUGUACGAGCAGUGUGUGCAGGCAGUGGAUUUCAGUGAGAACUGGCUCAAGGUUCAGCUGCCACCGUCACCAGAACCCGAGGCGCUCAGGGUGCAACUGGACCGAUGCAGAGAGGAAGUGGCCCGUCUGACUUCUCUACAACCACAAGUGGAGCUUUUAGAUAAACGUUUGAAGGAGCUGAAGAGGGAGAAAGACGGGGAGGAGGGCGCGUCGGCCUUCCUGGAUGCAGACAUCAUCGUCUUCAAAGAACACUACCACAAGGUUCUGGAGGACCUGAGGGCGAGGGAGAGGCAGCUUCAGCUAAUUUUGGAGAGCUUGCCCCCGGCACGUUAUAAGGAGACGAUCUUCACGCUCUUAGCGUGGUUACAGGAAUGUGAGGCCAAACUGGCGAUUCCAUCCACAGCUGUUACCGAGUAUCCUAUUAUGGAGCAGAGAUUGCAGGACAUGGAGGCACUGCAGGUGGCGCUCACUAGUCACCAGGGGCAAGUGGACUACCUGACAUCUGCUGUGGAGCAGGUCUUCCAGAAAGCUCCGCCCGAAAUCUGCCAGAAGUAUCACGGUGAGAUGGAAAACAUCAUGGCACGCUGGCGGCGACUCGGCACCAUGUUGACAGAUAACAGCAAGACAAUCAAAGAGCUCAUGGACAAACUCGUUCAGUUUGAGAAUGAUGUGAAGACGUUAAAGAAGUGGAUGGCGGAUGUGGAUGUCUUCCUGAAUGAGGAAUGGCCCGCUCUCGGAGACUCGGAAGCACUGGAGAAACAGCUGGAACAAUGCACGGCCUUGGUGAACGACAUCCACACCAUCCAGCCAAGCGUCAAUGGAAUCAACGAAGUGGGCCUGCAGUUGAAGAAGGAGGCGGAGCCCCCUUUUGCCAUUCACAUUCAGAAGGAGCUGGAUGACCUGAAUGCCCAAUGGGAGAACGUUUGCAAACAGGCUUAUGCAAAGAAGUCGGCUCUGAAAGGUGGCCUGGAUAAGACCAUGGCCCUCAGGAAGGAGAUGCAGGAGAUGCAGGAGUGGAUCAACCAGGCUGAGGAAGACUACCUGGAGAGAGACUUCACUUACAAAACACCCGAAGAACUUCGCAAAGCUGUGGAAGAGCUCAAACGAGCCCAGGAGGAAGUCCACUCCAAGGAGCUCAAGGUUAAACUCUUGACUGACAGCGUGAAUAGUUUCAUCGCCAAGGCCCCGCCCACUGCUCAUGACGCUCUACGUUCGGAGCUCGAUGUACUGAAGGUCAACUACCAGCGCCUGUGUAGCCGCCUGGAUGGAAAGUGCAAAACUCUGGAGGAGGUUUGGGCGUGUUGGUGCGAGUUGCUGUCCUAUCUGAAGCAGGAGAACGCCUUCCUGGACCGGCUGGAGCGGAAACUCGAUGAAAUCGACAACCUCCAAGGUGGAGCAGAGGAGCUGCGGGAGGCGCUUGAUGGACUCGAGGUUCUCCUGCAACACCCCGAGGACAACAGAAACCAGAUUCGGGAACUGGCCCAAACUCUGAUGGACGGCGGUGUUUUGGACGAGCUCAUUAUGCAAAAACUGGAUGCCUUCAACACACGAUGGGACGCGCUCAUGGCGAGGGCGUCUCUCAGGCAGAAGGAACUGGCCCAAAGUCUCCAGUGGGCCCAGGAGAAUGACAAAACGCUCACAUCCAUGCAGGAGUCGCUGACCAACACUGACCGCCACCUGCGGGCAUACUUGGCCGACAACAUCGAUGCUCACCAGAUCCCGCAGGAGGCUCAGAAGAUCCAGUCAGACUUGAGUGGCCAUGAUGCAUCCUUGGAGGAGAUAAAGCGAAAGAAUCAGGAAAAGGAACCGUCGCAGAGGAUGACUGGCCAGAUCCAGCUGACACAGAAAAUGCUGACCGACGUGUGGACCAAGUUCCGCCUCUUCCAGAAGCCGGCCAACUUUGAAGCUCGCCUGGCUGAGUGCGAACGCGUUCUAGCCGGGGUCAAAGGUCAGGUGGGUGUGCUGGACAUUCGCAGCGUAGAGCAGGACGUGGUGCAGUCUCAGCUGGAGCAGUGCAUGAAGUUGUACAAGGUGCUGAGCGAGGUGAAAGGCGAGGUGGAGACGGUGAUCAAAACGGGCAGGCAGAUCGUGCAGAGGCAACAGACCGAGCAUCCCAAAGAGCUGGAUGGGCGGGUGACGGCGCUCAAACUGCUCUACAACCAGCUCGGAGCGCAGAUCACAGAGAGUAAAUUGGAGCUAGAGAAGAGUCUGAAGCUGUCCCGGAAGCUUCGCAAGGAGCUCAAUGGGCUGACAGAAUGGCUUGCGGCCACUGAUGCAGAACUGACAAGGCGUUCGGCUGUCGACGGUGUGCCCAGUGACCUGGAAGCCGAAGUGGCGUGGGCACAGUCCAUCCAUGCUGAGACGGAGAAGCGCCAGCCGCAGCUGCAGGCCGUGGUGGAUCUGGCCGAGGCCCUAAAAGCCGUUCUUCGGGUCCACGGCAGCCUGGUGGACGACAAAGUCAGCCUGCUGCACUGCAAUUGGAUUGCCGUCACAUCCCGAGCGGAGGAAUGGCUAAACUUGCUGCUGGCCUACCAGCAGCAGAUGAGGAAGUUAGAUGGACAGAUUGAGGAAGUGAACAGAUGGAUCGACGGAGCGAAUAAAAAGAUGGAUGAGCUCGACGACCGGGGACCCAACGAUGCUUCGAUAAAGGUCCUGCGUGCCGAGCUGGAGUUGACGAAGCAAAAGAUGGAGGAAGUGAAAACUUUGGCACAGGAGCUGAUGACAACCAGGGGGGAGGAUUGCCGGGCCCAGGUGGGGCCUAAAGUGGAGCUUUUGACCCAGAGAUUUGACACCAUUGCACAACGCAUCGCCUCCGGACUGACUGCAGCGUCGCCCAAAGAACUGGAGCAGUAUCACCGCGAAGCUCAUAUCUGGUUGAAUCUCCUGGAGGAGGAAGCAAAACAAGGGGAGAACCUCAAGGAAGACGACUUCAGGGAAAACAAGGACUGCGAGGAAGUUGCGGUGAAGGAGUUAUUGUUGAGAGGAGAGAAUCUGCAGAAGAGAGCCCCGGAUCAGGACAAGAGAGAACAGAUCAGACUGAAACAAAAACAGCUCGGCAACAAGUACCAAACCGUCAAGGACCUCCGCGUGCUCAGGAACAGGAAGGCGCUGGCCAUUGCCCCUCAGUGGUACCAGUACCGAAGGAAGUCACAUGACCUCCUGGCCUGGCUGGACGACAUCCAGCGAAGUGUCGAUCAACUGCCCGACCCUGCGGAGGGCGAGAGGGUCAAGGAAAUUUUCUCACAGACGGCCCGGAAGAAGGAGGAGCUUAAGGAGGUGCAGGGCUUAGCCAAUCAGCUCUCAGAGGCUGGAGCCGCCAGUCUAGUGGAGCCCCGGCAGCUCCAGCUCAACACACGCUGGGCCGAGGUGGAGGGCAAGCUCAAACCCUUUCAAAGGCAAUGUUCUGCCGAUGUGCCAAUCACUGACAAUGAUUACCUGGCGGAGCUGCAGGCGCUGUUAAAUUCCGUGGCGGAGGCGGACUUCAAACUGAGCUCCCCCGAAUACUGGCCGGCGGCUUAUUACGACCUCCCUCAGCAGGAGCGCUGCCUGAAGGAAGUCAGAGCAAUCAUUGACAAACUGCGUGCUCCCGUGGAGGCGGCGCUGUCUCGCAGACAGGAAGUGGCAGCCGCCGCCCGACCUCUGGAGGGCCAGCGGAUCCACCAAAGCGCCAACCAACUUGGAACCAACUGGGAUAAACUGAACAAGCUGCACAAAGAGCGGCUCACGCUCUGGCAGGACUGCAACAGCAAGUGGCACAAGUUUGUAGCAGACCAGAGGGGGCUCGAGGAAUGGCUUCAUGAAGCUGAGGGUGCCCUCAAGCUAGCCGAGAGCGAGCCGGCAGCACAAAGGCAGCACCUCAGGGACCUGACAGAAGCGAUACCGCUGCAAGAAGCGGCGUUGAACAGAGUGACCUCUGCAGGCGAGGACAUCAGCCGGAUGAGUACGCCAGAUGAUGUCUCCCGCCUCCUAGCGCAACUCAAAUUCCUAAAUGCUCGCUGGGCGCAUGUUUGCGAGCAGCUCAAUGAGCGCAAGAGAAGAUCGGCCGAAGCGCGUACGACAGCCGCACAUCUGCAGGAGAUGGUGGGUUCCAUGAUGGGUUGGCUCAACAAGGCGGAGGGGCUUCUGGGCAUCCCUCUGCAGCCUGCUGAGCCUCAACACAUCAGAGACACGCUGGGCCAAGUGCAGGCUUGUGUGGAGGAACUUCCGCGCAAGAAAGCAGCGAUGGUGGAGCUGAACAUGCGACAGAUUCCCGCCGAUAGACAAAAAGACAUCCGGAUCAUCAACACUCGCUGGGAACAGGUGUCCAAGGCUCUGCCUGAACGGCAGCUGGAGAUUGAGAAUCUGCUGAAGGAACUGGAUGGGCUUCAGGUUCAGUUGGACUAUCUGUCCAGCUGGGUGUUCAGAACCAGAACUCAUCUGGAGCACAAUCCAGAGGAACCCCCGCCUGGCCAGCUCAUCGAGGAAGUUGAAGCCAAACAGCCCGAAGUUGAGUCCAUUCUUCAUCGAGCAAAUCACUUGUACAAAGACAUCACUCCAAGCUCAUCAGAUAAGGCCAAGUACCUGAAGAUGAGAGAAGACUGGACCAUCAUCAUAGAGUUGUGGCGGCAGCAGCAGGAGAGGAAAAACCUCCUUGUGGCCAAGAAAGCCAAUGAAAUGCUAACGGGGAGUGCCCAGGCCGAUUCUGCCGCUCUGGCACAGUUCAACAAGUCAUGGGCGGAGCUUACCGACUGGCUGACCAUGCUGGACAACGUGGUGCAGAACAAGCGCGUCGUCGUGGCGGACCUGGAUGACAUCAAUGAAAAUAUUGGCCAGCUCAAGGCAUCCUUGCAGGAGCUAGAGCAGCGACGCCUCCUGCUGGAGAGACAAGUCACUGCAGCCCAGAAUCUCAAGAACAAAACCGGCAACCAGGAGACGCGUAACGCCAUCACCGAGCGCAUUGAUCGGCUUCAGACACACUGGGAGGACUCGCUGCUUAAACUCUCAGCCAGAAUUAAGCAGCUUCACAACAUGCUGCAGGACUCCACCGAGUGGUUAAAUUCCAAACAGAGGGUGGACGCUCUCAUCAAGCGGGCCAGCGAGAGGCUGGAGUCCUGGCAAGAGGUCACCUACACGGUGGAUGCUGUUGCAAGACAGAAUGCUGAACUCAAGGUCUUCGCAAACGACCUACGACAGUGGCAGGGUCAAGUGGAUGAAACCAACGUGUUGGCCGACAAACUGCUGACACGUUACGCCAACGACGACACACACAAAGUGACCCAAAUUCAUGGCAACAUUGUGGCCACCUGGACACACAUCAGCAAGCGUGUUUCUGAGCGGGAAUCGGCUCUGGAAGUGGCUCUGAAGCUUCUGCAGCAGUUCCACCUCGAUCUGGACAAGUUCCUCAACUGGCUGACGGAGGCUGAGACCACAUGCAACGUUCUAAUCGACGCCACCAAUGAAGAGAAGCUGGCUGAGCAGCCUGAGGCGGCCCGGAAUCUUCUGGCACAAUGGAAGGACCUCGAGGCCGAGAUUGAUAGCCACACAGAGCUCUAUCAUUCACUUGAUGAGAAGGGCCACAGGGUCCUGAGCUCACUGGAGGACUCGGAGGAUGCGACGCUCCUCCGCAGACGGUUGAACAACAUGAACCAGCGCUGGAAUGAUUUGCGCGCCAAGACUCUCAGCAUGAGGGGUCACCUGGACUCGGAAAUGGCACCUUGGAAGAGGCUGCAUAUGUCGCUGCAGGAGCUGCUAAACUGGUUGAAGCUGAAAGCUCAGCAGCUGGAGCGGGAGAUGCCCGUUGGAGGGGACGUCCCGGCUGUCCAGAACCAGUUGGACACUCACCGGGGCUUCAGGCGGGACGUAAGAGCCAAAGAGCCUGUUGUGACCAAGGCGCUAGAGGACGUUGGCAUCUUCCUCUCCCAAAUGUCCCAAGAGCCUCCGUCACCUGAGCACCGAGACAUGGGUUCCGUGGAGCGCGCCCAAAAUGUCGGGCGACUCCUACGUAAGGAAGCAAAUGACGUGACGACCAAAUGGGAGCAGCUGAAUAGCAACUCUGCCGAUUGGCUGAGGAGGCUGGAGCUAGCUCUGCAGCGACUGAUGGAGCUCCUGGAGGUAGAGGACCUCGUGGAUGGCCAGCUGAGACAGGCGGAGAUGGUCAAGGACGCUUGGGAACCUGUCGGGGACCUUCUCAUCGACUCGCUGCCCGAGCACAUCCGUAGAGUCAAGGAGUUCCAGGAAGAGAUCGCACCCAUACAGGAAGACGUAACGCACAUGAACCAGUUGGCGUCCACUUUCAGUCUGCCUGAAAUCCAGCUGUCGCCCAGCAACCUGAAAUGCAUUGAGGAUCUCAACACACGCUGGAAAUUGUUGCAGGUCUCAGUCAAUGACCAUCUAAAGCAUCUGAUGGAUGCACACCGAGACUUUGGCCUCCUUCAUGGAUCUGUCGACAGCCCCUUCGAGCAGGGCGUCUCUCCGAACAACGUGCCCUACUACAUUAAAGAAAAAGACGGACCGGACCUGAUGACCAAGACACUCCACCAGACCCAGACAACAUGCUGGGACCAUCCCAAGAUGGCGGAGCUUUAUCAGUCGCUCUCUGACCUGAACAAUGUUCGAUUCUCAGCCUACCGAACAGCCAUGAAACUCAGACGCCUACAAAAGGCUUUGUGCUUGGACCUGCUGAACAUGCCAAUGGCAUGCGAAGUGUUCGACCAGCACGGCCUGAAGCAGAACGAGCAGCUGCUGGACAUCUCCCAGCUGGUGGCCUGUCUAACCAGCCUGUAUCAGCGGCUGGAGCAGAAUCAUGCACACCUGGUCAGUGUGCCUCUGUGCGUCGACAUGUGCCUCAACUGGCUACUCAACGUCUACGACACAGGUCGCAGUGGAAAGAUCCGCACCCUGUCCUUCAAAACUGGAAUCGUCUCGCUCUGCAAGGCCCACCUGGAAGAUAAAUACAGAUUCUUGUUCAGGCAGGUUGCGAGUGCCACCGGUUUCUGUGACCAGCGUCGCCUCGGUCUUCUCCUCCACGACUCCAUUCAGAUCCCACGGCAACUUGGCGAGGUGGCCUCCUUUGGCGGCUCCAACAUUGAGCCCUCUGUGCGAAGCUGCUUCCAGUUUGCUAACAAUAAGCCAGAACUGGAGGCUGCCAUGUUCCUGGACUGGAUGCGCUUGGAACCUCAGUCCAUGGUCUGGCUGCCCGUGUUGCAUCGCGUGGCUGCCGCCGAGACGGCCAAACACCAGGCCAAGUGCAACAUCUGCAAGGAGUGUCCCAUCAUCGGCUUCAGAUACCGCAGUCUGAAACAUUUCAACUAUGACAUUUGCCAAAGCUGCUUCUUCUCCGGUCGCGUCGCCAAGGGACACAAGAUGCAGUACCCGAUGGUGGAGUACUGCACCCCGACGACAUCCGGCGAGGACGUCAGGGAUUUUGCCAAGGUGCUGAAGAACAAAUUCAGAACAAAGCGCUACUUUACCAAACACCCCCGUAUGGGCUACUUACCUGUCCAGACCAUCCUGGAAGGUGACAACAUGGAAACCCCCAUCACAUUGAUCAACUUUUGGCCCGUGGACCAUGCGCCCGGCACAUCCCCUCAGCUCUCGCAUGAUGACACACACACUCGGAUCGAGCACUACGCCAACCGGUUAGCAGAAAUGGAGAACCGUAAUGGCUCUUAUCUGAAUGACAGUAUCUCACCCAAUGAGAGCAUUGAUGACGAGCACAUGUUGAUCCAACACUACUGCCAGUCUCUGAACCAAGGCUCUCCCCUCAGCCAACCCCGCAGCCCGGCCCAGAUUCUCAUCUCCAUGGAAACAGACGAGAAGGGAGAGUUGGAGCGGGUCCUCAACGACCUGGAGCAGGAAAACAGGAAGCUGCAAGCCGAAUAUGACCGUUUGAAGAAGGCGCACGACAGGAAGGGUCUCUCGCCGCUGCCGUCGCCUCCGGAAAUGCUGCCGGUGUCGCCGCAGCGCGCUCGCGACGCCGAGCUCAUCGCCGAGGCCAAGCUGCUGCGGCAGCACAAGGGGCGCCUGGAAGCCCGGAUGCAGAUCCUCGAGGACCACAACAAACAGCUGGAGUCACAACUGCAUCGACUGAGGCAGCUCCUGGAGCAGACGGAUUCCAAGGUGAACGGCACCGCUUUGUCUUCCCCUUCCACCUCGUCGCAGCGCUCCGACUCCUCGCUGCCUCAGCUGCGCAUGGCCGCCAGCCAGACCACUGACACGAUGGGCGAUGACGAGCUGUCCAUUCCUUCCCAAGACACAAGCGGACUGGAGGAAGUGAUGGAACAGCUCAACAACUCGUUUCCACACAGCCAAGGAGGGAGAAGGGGAGCCCAAUGAGAGGUCCCAGUAUCGGAAGUCUGUUCCACAUGGCCGACGAUCUGGGCCGCGCUAUGGAGUCCCUGGUCAACGUCAUGACGGAGGAGCCGAGCGCCAUCAAGGCGGCGCCCUUCUGACACACCGCCUCUUCCUAUUUCGUAGUCAGUACAGCCGAAUUGGAGACAGACUUUACAAAAACACAAUAUAAAUCGUCUAUUUUUGUGAAGGAUUGCCGUUCCAGUAAUGAGUUAAAAUCAAAUAAAAUAACUUGUACAUUUGGUAGUUUCUUAAAUGUCCCGAAGUUGUUUUAUUGGGGUGUGGGGGGAGGGGGGGUCUGGUUUUUAAACUUCUAUGCAAUUGUAUAAAAAAAAAAAAUAAUUAAAAAACACGUGAUUUAGGGGUGGGGCGGGCAACAAAGUAAAAUACAACUAAGUGUUUCGUGUGGUAAUAUGUUUGCAUCUUUGUAACUGGAAAAAAAAGCAUUUCAGACAUUUUUAUUCAAAAAAAAAAAGAGGAAGAAUGAUUGUAAUAAUGAGGGUGUUUACUAAGAGGAAAAUGUCUUCAUAUAACAACGUACACUACUGUUAAGGUAAUGCAGGCAUCCUGGAACGUUACAGUACGUUGUGUGUGUGCACGCGUGUGUGUGUGUGUGUUGGUCCCGAUGCAGUACUGUAUUCACAUUUUUUGUUCUCCGUCAUCCAUCUUAGAUUAGCUUCUCAAAAUUUAAUGUCCAUAUCCGAUAACUGAUUUUGUCAUCCUUGGAUGAACGAA